AUGGCAGCAGACCAGCAGGACGCAGCCGACAAUGCCCGCUACAGGGAAAUGCGCCAGGCGCUCGCGGACUUUGAGGCCGCCGCAGCGUCCGCUGCAGCGGCGACCGUCGCCGCAGAGCAGGGCCGCAGCGCGGCCUCGCCGGGCCGGGACAACGGCGGCGCGCCGGCCGCGGCGGCGAUUGCGCCGCGCCAGCGGGCGUUCUAUGCGGCGCUGCGCGGCGUCCUCGGGCAGUGCGUUGCGGAGGCCGACCCGGGGUCGCGCCGCGCGCGGCUGGCAGCCGCGCACCGCUGGUUCACCGCGCGGCGGCCACGGGAGCUCCCCCCCGACAUGGACGCGGCAGCCGCAAUGGCCGCUUCGCUGUCGGUGUCGGCCGCGUGUGGACAGCAGGGGCGCGAGGGGCGGAGGGCUGGGGGCCAAAGCAGCGGCAGCGGCGGCAGCGCGGCCGCAAAGGGAUGGGGCAAGCCACCGCCGAGGCUACAGAUUCGAGGAGCGCCAGGCACCACGCCACCGACAAGGCGGGCACGUGAUGGCCGGGCGGCCGGUGGCACUGACACAGCGGCAGCACAGCAGCGCAGGGCUGCAGCAGUCGGCCGCAGCAGCAAUGGCAGGAGGAGCGCCAGCGGCGAUGCCAGCAGCGAUGCUGACGAGGACGAGUGGACCGAUGACGAAGGCGCGGACGAUGGCGGCGCCGCUGAGAAGGCCGGCCACAAGGAGGCGGCCGAGGCAUACAUGGCAGCGGGGCGGGCGCCCCUGCAUGUCCCCCAGCCCUCAAUCGGCCGGCAGCCAGCAAUCCAGCGCGAGGGGCGGCGGCUCUAUGGCGCCGGCAGCGGCAGGGGCGGCGGCGGUGGUGAUGGUGGCAAGGUGGUGGUGGCGCCCCUCCUGGCGUCGGAGCCCGGGCUGAUGGAGAGCAUUGCGCUGCUGACCGGCGCCAGGGGCGGCGAUCACGCCUCAGACGCCGCGCUCGCCACGUGGGCGCGACCACCGUCACCGCCGCCCGGCUCCGCCGCCGGCGCGGCUGUGCAGGGACGGGGCGGCGACGACACGCGCAGGCGCGAGUUUAUGUGCGCGGCGUUUGCGGCGCAGCGCGGCUUUGAGGCGGACGUCUCGCGCCGCAUGGCCGACUACGCACGCGCGAGGGCCCGGGUGGAGGAGGAGAUCAUGCGCCGCCAGGAGGCACGGCGUGCCUGCCUCGGCGGCGCCGACGGCACCAACGGCCCCGGCCUAACGGGCGCUUCCCAGCUCAAGCCGCCCCAACCCGAGACGGAGGGCGGGGACGGCGGCACCGCAGGCGGCCGCGGGGGCAGGGUGCUGACGCGCGUCGAUUCGCAGCACCAGCCGCCGAGCACGUCUGCGUACACAGACGCGCGCGUCCUUGGCGCCGCGGAGCGCCUCCUCGUGGCCGACGGUGCGCUGCGGUCGCUGCGGCGGCGUGCGGCUGCCGAGGCGGAGGCGGAGGUCGCGGCGGCGGCGGCGGCGCUCGGGCUGGGGGCGGGGGCGGCGGGGGUGGAGGCGCUGGCGCGCGCGCUGCUGCCGCUGCCGGAUCAGCCGCACCUCUCGUGCGUCGCCGCCUUGCCGCGGCCCGGAGCGGGCCUCGCGCCACUACAGGGUGCGGGGCAGUUGAGUCGGGGCCACCACCACCGGAAGAAGGGGGCAGCAAGGCGCAAGGGCGGCGGCAGUGGCACGAAGAGGUCUGCAUGA